UCUUUACGCCCUUUCAGUUUAUGGCAGAAUCGUAAUUCCAUACGCUUUGCGUCUGCUGGCUUUGGACUUCAAAUUCCAAACUGCUUCAUUGGACUCAGCUUCCACAAAGCAGCACUUCCGUCUCCCAGUCUCAGUCAAGGUUCAGUUAUGAUCGCAGCAACGUUCUCGUCUGUUUCUGCUUCUUCUUCUUGUGUGUGGAUUUCCACAUGUGUGUGGUUCUGGUUCUGUUCACAUGUUGAAGGUGAACCAAUCAUUGCUGCUCCUGGUGAUGAUGUCAUCCUGCCGUGCCGCCUGGACUCUCAGGAGGAUCUGCGUGGUUUCUCAGUGGAGUGGACCAAAGUGGACAUGAAGCUUUUUGUGUUUCUGUACUUGAGAAGGAAGAUCAUAACUGAACACAUGAAGGAGUCGUUGAUCCCGAGAGUGUCUCUGGACCAAGACGGACUAAAACGAGGAGACGUGACGUUAAAGAUCAGGAACGUGUCGCUCCAGGAUGAGGGGAAGUACAGCUGCUUCAUUCCUGGGAAGAACUUCAGGGAGACGGUUCAGCUGGUUGUUGAGCCAAACGGAGUCAGAGCUCCAACCAUGGAAACAUCCCAGGUUGACAUCAUCUCCACUCCAGAUCCAGGAGGAGACCGGAUCUGGAUCAGUCGCUCCAGACCGGCUCUCUGGAUCCUUCUUGGACUUUUUCCCUCAGUGAUCCUCUCUGCUGUUUGUGUUUGUGUCUGUCAGAGGAAACAACCAGAAGGUCAGAAACCUAUGGAAACCUUUAACAGACCCUGAACCCACACAGCCUCUGGUGGCUGGAAGUGUUCAUCAGUGGAUCCAUCAGUGUGAAUGAGACUGAGACUGGAAAACACUGGAGGACAAAGUCAAACAGGAAAUGGAUUUACUUGAACAACACUUUUACCUCAAAGGACCAAAAUGUUUUGGUUCCAAACAGCUGCAAUACUUUUUCUACUUUGUGCAAUAUUUUGAUCAAAUGACUUUUUGAGUUGAAGCUAAAAUCUGUUAAAAAGCUUUUUGACCUGCUGUUUGUGAAUGAAAUCAGAUUUCAGAAAUAAGAAGGUCUAAAUGAAUGGAAUGUAUUUCCUGUGUGGAUUAGAACUGUACACGGUGAAAUGUGAGCACAGCUGAUGGGGUUGACUUUGACUGGGGACAUUGUCUGGUGGUGGAAGGAGAACUUAGAGGAUCUCCUCAAUCCCACUGACACGCCUUCUUUGGAGGAAGCAGAGAAUGAGGACUUUGGGGGGAGGCUGUCCAUCACCCAAGCUGAGCGUGAGAUUGACAGGUGGAUCAGAGCGGCGUCUGUAGUUAUGUGGUCGCUGUAUCGGUCCGUCAUGGAGAAGAGAGAACUGAGCCAGAAAUCAAAGCUCUGAAUUUACCGGUUGAUCCUUGUUCAACACUCUCCAAUGGUCAUGACCCAAAGAAAGAGGUCCUGAAUACAAGUGUCUGAAAUUGCUGCUAACCCGGUCUGGGAUAAGCGGAGGAAGAUGGAUGGAUGGAUGGUGUGAGAAAUUUAAUAAUUAUACAAUGUUUAAAAGUGAGAAGACAAUUAUAAGAAUUGUAUUCUUAAAUUCUGCUCCUUUCCAAUCGUGCAAAUGUUCAAUAAUGUGCAAUAAACAUGUAAACAUAUGUUUGCGUGUUUGUUUGUGUUGAGUUGACAUUCUAGUUGCUGAUGACACAGUUGUUCAGGAGAACAUGGAGAAUUGAGCCUUCAUGUCCUAAACGUUGCUGAUGGAAAUCCUAGACUUUCAUUCUCUGUUCUCUCCUAUUGUUUUCAUGCCAUCAUGUUCUUUCUGUCACCAAUCAAUCCAUCCCAUAAUAU